GAAAUGGGCGUCCCCUCGCUACCUCGGAGUCCGCGCCGUGGACCUGCCGGAAGGGGGGGCCGCCGCCCCCGCCGCCGCGCGCUCUCGAGCCUGGGCGCGCGCGCCCGGUGGAGGGAGGGUCCGGGAAACGAUCCUCUUAUGCCCUCUGCAACGAGGCCGCCCUCCCCUGCUCCCUUCCGGUUCCGAAGCUGGUUGUCGGUUGAACCCGGUGUAUGUGCGGUAACAACAUGUCGGCGCCGCUCCCUGCCAUAGUGCCCGCAGCCAGGAAGGCAAGCGCCGCGGUUAUUUUUCUUCAUGGAUUAGGCGAUACGGGGCAUGGAUGGGCAGAAGCUUUUGCAGGUAUCAGAAGUUCACAUAUUAAAUAUAUUUGUCCACAUGCACCAGUUAUGCCUGUUACCCUAAAUAUGAACAUGGCUAUGCCUUCUUGGUUUGAUAUUAUUGGUCUUUCUCCUGACUCACAGGAGGAUGAGCAGGGAAUAAAACAAGCUGCAGAAAAUAUUAAGGCUUUAAUAGAUCAAGAAGUGAAGAAUGGAAUUCCAUCUCAUAGGAUUGUUUUGGGAGGGUUUUCUCAGGGAGGAGCUUUGUCUUUGUAUACUGCUCUUACAACACAGCAAAAAUUGGCUGGUGUUAUAGCUCUCAGCUGUUGGCUUCCACUUCGAUCUUCAUUUUCACAGGGUCCUAUAAAUGGGGUUAAUAAAGAUAUUUCUAUUCUCCAGUGUCAUGGAGACUGUGACCCUUUGGUUCCUCAUAUGUUUGGUUCUCUCACUGUUGAAAAGCUAAAAACACUGGUAAAUCCUUCUAAUGUAAGCUUCCGUACCUAUGAAGGCAUGAUGCACAGUUCAUGUAAUCAGGAAAUGUUGGAUGUCAAGCAAUUCGUUGAUAGACUCCUACCUCCAGUUGACUGAUAUCAUUUAAGAGGCCUUCUUUAGAAGUACACCAGCAUCAUUAUAGUCGAGAAUAAACCUUUUCACAUGCCCAGUCCUGAAACUUUACUUCUACUAUUGCAGUGUUACUACCAAUUUGCAAAUACAUGCCAAUGAUACAGAUGAAAUAAUGUCUCUUCUUGGGAAAAUUAUGGUCUUUCAAGUUUCUAUACAUAUAUUUGUAUGAUAUAUGUUAUAAAAUAUAUAAGUAUUAUAAUAAAUGAGGCAGCUGGAUUUUCUCUAAAUGUAAUCAGCAUACUAAGAUAAAACACUGCAGUUUGAUUUUUUUGAUUAAAAUGUUCAAAAAAAGUGUUAGUAUGCUCAGUGAAAAUUUGUUCAGGUAUAAAUGAGCAGUUAAAAUAUAAUCACUUUAUGCGUGCUGUGACUUAGUAUAAGGAUUUGCUCCAAAACUGCUUAGUCACCAUGCAUCUUCUGUAUUUUUAUAUAUGUAUUCAUAUAUAUGUGUGUGUAAUCCAUAAUAAGAAUGAGAUGGUAUUACAUUAUCCUUGGGAAUAAGGGAUAAUGUUUUUUAAGUGUCAAUGUGUAAGUAAUAUUGUGCUCUUCCAUCUUAAUGGCCCUUGUAUUUAGGACCUUUUAUUCAUAUUUACAUGGCCUGGGACAUCAUCAGGGUUCAAUUCUGAAAAUUCCUUGAUGAACUUCAAAUUGAAAAUAACUCUCAAAUUUGUUAUGAAUAUGAGCAGAUGUUUAAUUUCAAUUAUUUUUCAUGGGCAAUUCAUGGAUAGAGGAAUGCUUGGAUUUCUGUAGAUUAACGGAUUUGGAUUUGAGUUUACAUGUUUUAUAGAUAUAUUCUAAACUAAGCACUGUGGAAAAUUAAUUAGCCAUUAUCAGGAUUUGCUUCCCCCCCCCUUUUGUUAAUUGAGGAAUGUGAGAUUCUGACUUUUUCAAAUGUCUUUUUAGAAUUAAUUUUUGUGCAAACAAAAAAAAUAGAUUUUUAUACAGACAAAAAUCUCAGAUUACUUGGAAAAUUAUUGAGAGACGAAUUUGUUAAUGUACCAAUAGGGCUGUAUAACUAGUCAGAACCCUAUAACUAAGCAUUCUGUUAUUAGAAUACUUUAAGACAUAGCAGAAAAGUAUGCUUGGGGUUUUAGAACUGUUAGUAAUUGUUCUGCUGUAUUGCUAUGUUAUCAGUGCAUCUUCAUUAAAUAGGUGCUAAUUGACACAUAAUGGAUAUAAUUUAGUAAUGUACUGUAUAGAAUGUUAAUAAUGAAACCAUAAGUUUAAGGUCUGGGCUUUAAAAUUUAAAACAAUCAUUUACUGAAUCACUUUUAUUUUGGAGAAUAUAAAUUGUUUUAGUUGGCAUGAAAAUCAAUGAGAUGUUACUUUAUUUAUGGUAAGAAAUCUCUUAUAUUCCGUUGAAAUGUUUUGCUGUAGAUGGGAAGAUGUACAUCUUUUUCACAGUUUCUAUCAACGUGAAAUAAAGUUUAAAGCUGACA